GGCACGGAUGAUGACCUUCCUCCAAAUCGAAAUAGAUUUCCAAGCAGGGGUCGUGCUGUUGCAAAUGGAAGAUCUGCAGUUAUAGGUUCUGCUCCACUCCCUUGGGUGCAUAGUGAUAUGGAGACCCAGAUCCACCAGAUAGAGCAAGAAGCGUAUAGUUCAGUCUUGCGAGCCUUUAAAGCUCAAUCUGAUGCCAUUACUUGGGAGAAAGAAAGUUUGAUUACAGAACUCAGAAAAGAGCUGAGAGUGUCUGAUGAGGAACACAGAGAGCUUCUAUCCGGGGUUAAUGCUGAUAAUGUCAUCAGGAGGAUUAGGGAGUGGAGAAAAGCAAAUGGGCUCCAACCUGGCAUGCUCAAUAGUAGCCAACCUAUUCAUGAACCCAUGCCUAGUCCAACUAUUUCAGCAUCGCACAAGAAGCAGAAGACAUCACAAUCUGUAGCUUCUUUAUCGUUGGGUGCACCAACACCAGCAUUGUAUACAUCCAUGCAGCCUUCUUCAGCAGCCUCAGAACGAGGCCCUUUCUUAGGAGCAAGGGGCAAGAAUCCAAAAUUAUCCAUGCAGUAUUCUUCUACAGGUUUCACUGGAGGGCCCCAAGUUCGAAAGCGGGGUACAGGUUCUCUUGAUGUAAUUGAACCUGCUGAAGCAACAAAUUUUGAUCCACUAAUUGGAAGGAAAGUUUGGACAAGAUGGCCUGAUGACAAUAACUUCUAUGAGGCUGUUAUAACUGACUACAAUCCUGUUGAGGACCGUCAUGCUCUGCUUUAUGAAAUUAAUUCAGCGGAUGAAACGUGGGAAUGGGUCAAUCUCAAAGAGGUAAAGAUAGAUAUAACUUCCAUCUUUAUUAAAUUUUCUUGUACUAUCGGAAAUAUAUUUAGUUGGUAUGAAAGAAUUUGACAACAUCAUUAUGCUUUGAGAUAUGGAAUUUUUGGAAAUGGUUGCAUCAUUUCUCUACUAUUUUUGUUGAAUUAUUGUGAAUCUUUAGUAAUGGCUUUAUGUGAAUGCCACCUGCAUGUUUGUUUAUAGGCUUGUUUUUCUGUAAGUAUUAUUUUAUGCCUUACUAGUUCUUUUCAUUUUUUUUUUUUUUUUUUUUUGGACACACAUAACAUCAUCCUUCAUUUUUUCUAGUAGGUCCUUGAUAUAUAUAUAUAUAUAUAUAUAUAUAUAUAU